AUGGAGGCACUAUCACCGCGCUCGACAAAUCAGAUGAUCAAACCCAAAGUGCCGAUGGAGAGGAAAGUGUUGGAUAAGAAUGCGGCCGCGGCACAAGCAGCUCAGAAGACUUCCUCCUCGAAGAACCACGCGCCCCCACCGCCGUCAAUUGUCGCCGAACCCGAGGUAGAUGGAGAGCGGUACACGACCGGCGCAUUUCUUGGAAAGGGCGGGUUUGCGAUUUGCUAUGAAGGCACGUUGGCGCGAAAUGGGCGCGUGUUUGCGAUGAAAGUGGUGAAGUCCGAGAUGGGACAGAAGAAGAUGCAGGAAAAGUUUCGCACGGAACUGCAAAUCCACUCCAAGAUGCGACAUCCGCAUAUUGUCGGGUUCCACCGCGCUUUCACCUUCGACAAGUGCAUAUAUGUGAUCCUGGAGCUAUGCCCCAAUGGGUCAGUCAUGGACAUGAAUAUGGAUAUUAAAGUGGGGGAUUUCGGUCUGGCGGCCAUGAUAAUUUCUGAGAGGGAUGAGAAGCGAAGAAAGACUCUUUGCGGAACACCGAACUAUAUCGCACCGGAAGUCCUCGACAGAAGCAAAGGGGGUCAUACGCAGAAGGUCGACAUCUGGUCAUUGGGAGUGAUAUUAUUUGCCAUGCUCACUGGAUACCCGCCAUUUCAGUCAAAAACGCAAGAAGAGAUCUACAAGAAAGUUCGGAACCUGACAUACGUCUGGCCCAAGGGAACGGAAUGCGCCAAUCAUAUCCCAGAUGAAGCCAAAUCCCUCGUCAGCUCGUGUCUAAAUCUCGCCGAAAACGAGCGACCAGAACCGGACGAUAUCGUCGAACACCCAUUCUUCAAUAUGUACGACGGCUGCAUUCCGAAGAGACUGGACCCCGCAUGCUGCACUACCAGACCUGUUUGGCUACGUCCUGACGAGCCUCGUGGGGAUCGAAUGCUACUUGGUCAUAGUCUAGAGUAUGACGACAAACUCUCUGGAUAUAUCGAACACGUCGACGACCCAGCUCAGAGGUAUCCGAUAUGCAGAGCAGCCUUCUACACACUGUGUGGGGUGGGCCGGAAACCAGACGGUUCUGCUCGCAAAGCUGCUGGCAAGAACUGUUCCAAAUCCGCAUUUGCAGAAUGUCUUUCAGAGGAAGAGAAAGGGUUGCAGCCGGUGAUCCCUCUUCCCGAAGAUAUUGUUUACAGGUAUCCGCAUGAUCUGGAGACAGAUUGGAGUGUCCCCGAAUCAUGCUUGCCGAGCCGUAGAGACGCCAGGUCUCUUGAAAGCAGCAUGAUGUCCACCAAGGCCAACAUCUCUGCACGGAGUAAUGCUGUAUCCGCCUCGCGGACACAGUCUGCCCUUGCGGCAGCCCAACAACGUCGAAUGGAAUCGCAGAGCCAUGCGGCCACUCUUCGACAACAGGCGACGACAGGUAGGGGCUCCGUCCGCAAGGUGUCAGCCCUUUGUGAUCCAGCUCCAAUGGUGCGACCAAUCCCAGACCCGAGAGCAUCGCAAUCCGGCGCCGAACCGGCUCCAGUUGUACCGACUGGAGGGUUAGCAGAGCGGCCCAUUCGAACGCGCCGGGGGGUAACUGCAUCAUACCCCGGCUCAUUGCGGGACUUGGACCGGAGUGUCUCUGGGAAUACCUCCAAACCCGGCAAUGAGCCUGGCAUGCUCACGGUAGGCAAGACUCGAUCGCAGUCCCGACGUCUGGAGGCGGCUACGCAAGAUGUCCCUAAGCUACCUCUCGCGAAGGAGCGGCCUGUGUCUACAGCAGUAGAAAAUUUGCCACCCCGACGGAGUGCUUCUUUACGCUCGGCCCCGAAGGACGCUGGAAUGGAUCCAGUCAAGCAGAAGCCAGAGCCCAGAGAGAGACCCAAAAGCUCCGUUAUCGACGCGGUACCGCCUUCUAAACCUGAGAACCCGUUACCCCAGAUAAGCCGUUCCGGUAGUAAGGCAUCGGUGUCAUCUGGUAGCAAACCACGAUCUUCAUUAGGACUGUUUCCCUUGUUCCACUCCAAUGACCCCUGUGAAAUCUUACCCAGGACUUCCAUGGACGAUGUCAACGCAGAUCUACGCCACAUGCUUUCCAACUUGGUACCGCAUUCUUCCGUCCGACGACGGACGGCAUUGAGACGGACGCCUCACCCGUACGUGAUCAAAUGGGUUGAUUACACGAAUCGAUACGGCAUUGGAUAUGUUCUGGAUGACGGUAGUGUUGGUUGUGUUUUCAAAGCCGAAAACGGGCAACCUGCUAGUGGCGUUGUCUUGCGCGAUGGUGAGAAGCAUAUUCGACGAAAAGCCCGGAGCCAAGAUAAACAGCAGCCGGUGCCUUUCCCUUAUUCUGAAGCCGACCAACUUGUACCGCGGCACGGUCAAAUGGUGGAGUUCUAUGAGAACUGUUCUGACAAUCUGGCCGAAAGUCGGGGUGGAAUCCGUCGCGCAUUGAUUCCUCCGUCGCUCUUCGAAGUCAAUGGCUCGUCAGGAACAGGAUUGAAAGUGCGGAGUAACUCCGGUCUUGAAUCUGCCCGAGCUGAUGCCGAAAAGAUCAAACGGGUGAAGUUAGUCGACCAAUUCGGGAAGUAUAUGAUCGGCUCUCUGGGAAGACAUGGCGACGAAGCGCUGCUUGAUGAUGAUCCUGGAACCCAAAGCCAUGGCCAAUUCGUUAAAUUCUACCAGAGGCUGGGUAAUGUUGGCGUGUGGGGUUUCGGAGACGGCGCCUUCCAGUUCAACUUCCCAGACCACACAAAGCUUGUUAUUUCGCCUGGCCGAACACGGAGCUCGUCACCUUGGAUAGAUUUCUAUCAUCUGUCUCCCUCUGCUGCUCGGUAUCUGGCUGCAAGAGGAAAGAUGCACCCCUCCGGAUUCGACACACGCGCCGUGGCCUCUGACGAGGCUGGAACAUUCCUAGGCAUUGCCUACAGCACAGGUGGCGGUGCUGUGGAUGAAAGAUUGCAGGAUAUUCUUGAUGCGAACUCGUUUUUGCCAAAGAUCGGGUUCAUCAAGGAGGUUCUCAGGGGAUGGAUCAAGCAAGGCCGCCUAGGCGGGACGGAAGGGAGCUCUGGUGGCUUCGAGGAGAUGUUCUGGGAAGGCACCCAAGAGCGCGCGCAUUCUGGAGGAGGCAAAUUCGUGUGGGUGACGGUUGGUGCCCCUGGGGGAGACGGGGAGUACCGGUCUAUCUCAUUGAAGGAGAAGAAGGAGACCGAUUAUGGCCACGAGGUGGAUGCGUUGAGGGAGCGUCUGCGGAUGCUUGGAGCUGCAGCGUAG